AUGACACUCCUGCAGUUUGCCUUUGGGCGCCAUUCAUUGCUUCGCCGGUUCUGGUCGGAGUUGGGCUCUUUGUAUCCUAGUUCAUCUAUCAAUUCCGAAAAUCAGGCUACAGAUAGUCUGCCCAUCACCUCGCAACGCCUGGAAUCUGUCAAUUCGGACUCAUCAUCUCGUCAAAGAGCGCUCUUUGUUGUAGCCACUAGUAAGUCACUUUCUGAUCUGGGCAACACCACCGGCAUCACACUACUGGACUCUAGAGCUCACAGUUUUGCUCAUUCUCCUGAUAGCAGGCACUCAUCAAAGUCUCAGGUGGGUUUUGGCAUAUGA